AUGUACAAAUUCGGCCCUCUUCUUCUUCUUCUUCUUCUUCUCGCCGCUCUUCUCGGAGUCGUCGUUUCGCAGUGGGAUCAAGGAGGCUUCGGAGGAGGUCCAAGAGGUCCGGGACCGUGGAACGGACCAGGUGGACAGGCAGGAAAUUGGGGUGGUAACGGCGGAAAUUGGGGUGGAAACGGCGGCGGCGGGCGAGGUGGAUUCGGCGGCAAUGGCGGACAAUUCGACAGCAUCGGAGGAGGAUUCAAUGGCAGAGGUAAUCAAUAAUAGUUGGCUAACUGAUUCUGAGUCCACGUUUUGUUUUCAGGGGGAUUUGAAGGCGGAAACGGAGGCGCUCGCGGCGGUUUCGAUUCAAAUAGCGGCGGCGGUCGAGGAGGAUUCGACAAUGGAAACGGAGGCGGUCGUGGAGGUUCCGAGGGAGGAAACGGAGGCGGUCGAGGAGGAAACAACAAUAGCGGAGGAGGAGAAGGAGGUCGCGGUGGAAACCAAGGUAUUUAUAGAGAGAGAGAGAGAGAGCAGAAUUGCCGAAAUUUCUUUUAAAAACUCUCAAUUUUCUGGCAACGCAGUGGUCCGAUCGUCACCAAACUUGAACAGAUUAUCAAAAACCAUGUCAAAAUGAGCACUAUCCGGUUUUGGGUUGAUCGGACCAAUUUAAUGGUUACAGGCCCUUUAGGAAAAAAAUUUUUUUUUCAAUUUUUUCAUGAAAAAUGAAAAGUUAAAUUUACAAUUAUUUUUCUAUGAGCAGAGUUCACUUUUCUAUACAUUUCGUCAGUUGAUCACAUUCCAUGAAAAAAUUUUCUAAAAAAGAUAAAAAUUCUUCCGUGUUCUUCCGUUGAGUUCCUCCGCUCAACUCUGAUCCCUAGUCAGGAAACAUUCACGCCAGAACGUGGCCUCCCUUCGCGCCCUCUCGUAGUGUUGCUAGUGUAGCGCAGUGGUUACACUUUUGGAAAUCUAAACUGUAAAUGUUUGAACCCAAGUAGAAUGAAAUCAUUUUUGCGGUGUCUAUCUCACAUCUGGAUCAUUUUUCAAACAUUUUACAUUUCAGGCGGUAACGGAGGUAACGGAAAUAACGGAGGCGGAAGAGGCGGAAACCAGGGUGAGUAGAAGGACCGAAAACUUUUUCGUACCCACAUAAUUUUCAGGCGGCGGCGGCAACAACAAUGGAGGUGGAGGCAGAGGAGGAAAUCAAGGUGAAAAAAUAGUGCGCACCUGGCAAAUGUGAAAAUCGUGAUGUUUUCAGGUGGAAACAAUGGCGGUGGACGUGGCGGAAACGGAAAUCAGGGAGGACGCAUCGCCGAGAACAUUCUCGGGUCCAUCUUCGGAUAA